AUGCCAUCCCCCCCUUUUCGUUCCUAUCAAUCUACACAUUCUUUCUUUUUUAUAAUUUGCUUUACUUUUAAUUUCUUCUUUAUUACGGGCUCUUUUUUUUCAUCUUCCUCUCUUUCUCCCUCUCUCUUUGUCUCUCUUCAUUUCUCUCUGCCUCACUCUAUUUCCUUCUUUCUGGCUAUCUCCCCUUUCUCUCUAUCGCUAUUUCUCGUUCGCACCCUUUUCACGCUCCCUCCCCCUCUCUCUCUCUCUCUUUAUUUAUUUCUUUUUCACACCCUCUCCGUUUCUCUCUUUCUCACUUUUUUCUCUAUCUAUAUCUCUCCGUUUCUCUCUCUCUCUCUCUCUCUCUCUCUCUCAUUCACCUUAUCGCUGUUUUUCUUGCUCUCCCCACCCCUGCGACCGUCACUCUUACAAUCUUUAUAUCCAUCUCUCUCUCUUUCUCGCUCUCUCCACCUCUUUCACUUUUCUCUUACCCUCGCUCUUCUCUCUUUCUCUUUCUUAUUCUCUCUCAAUUUCUCGCUCUCUUUCUCUCACUUCCUGAACUUGAUACAUUUUCUCCCCUCUUCCCUUAUUCUUCAUCAUUUUAAUGCCUUUCUUUCCUACUUUUAG